CUCCGGGCACAAACAUGUCAAUGUCGCUGUUACAUAGUUGAUCUUCAAACCUAGUUUUUCUUUGAUUAUAUUCAUAAUUCUGAUCAAGGAUGGCUUCUCUAAAAUCCAUAAUUGCCUUUUCGAGCAGGUCUCUUCAGAAACAGACCCGAGUUGUUUACAUCAAGAGGAAUAUUUUUCUCCCCAGACUCUUCAAACGUUCUGACGGCAGGGUUCUCAGCUUUGGCCGUCUGUGCAGCUCUACAGCAGUCAAAGCGGACAAAACUGAAGACUCGUUCCUCAAGUGGUUUCUGCUGCUCAUCCCCGCCACCACCUUCGGCCUCGGUACAUGGCAGGUGAAACGACGUCAGUGGAAAAUGGGACUAAUCAAUGAACUGCACCGCCUCACUACAGAAGAACCCAUUCCACUUCCACUGGAUCCUAACGAGGUGGAUAAACUGGAGUACCGGAGAGUGAGGGUGCGGGGCCGCUAUGAUCAUUCAAAGGAGCUCUACAUCAUGCCCCGCUCCCCCGUCGACCCCGAGAAGGAGGCCAGAGAGGCCGGCAGCCUGUCUUCAAGUGGAGAGACCGGUGCCAACGUCAUCACACCGUUCCAGUGCACCGACCUCGGCAUCACAAUCCUGGUGAACAGAGGAUACGUCCCCAGGCAGAAGAUAAGACCAGAGACCAGGAUGAAAGGGCAGGUGGAGGAUGAGAUGGAAGUGGUCGGCAUCGUCAGGCUGAAUGAGAACCGGAAGCCGUUUGUACCAAACAAUGAUGUGGAGAGAAACCACUGGCAUUACCGUGACCUGGAGGCCAUGUGCCACGUCACUGGAGCUGCACCCAUCUUCAUUGAUGCUGACUUUGGGAGCACGAUUCCUGGAGGUCCAAUAGGAGGUCAGACCAGAGUUACACUAAGGAAUGAACACAUGCAGUACAUCAUUACAUGGUAUGGCUUGUGUGCAGCUACUACCUACAUGUGGUAUGCAAAGUUCAUCAAGAAGAUCAAACUUUGAAUCUGUAAAAAUAAGAUUGUAAUCACUCAAUAAAACUAUAUUGGAAACCACA